AAACAGCAUGACUUCAUUCUCUGUUCCUGGCUUCACAGACUUCCAUCCCGGCCUACGUCAGUGCGGGCGUAUCUCUCUCCGGAGAUCGUUUGUUAGUUCAAUUACUGCCCAUAUUCGGAGAGGGCAAGUGCUCGUAGGUCGCGUAUCUCCGUUGUUAGAAUAUUCGCAAAACUGAUACGCGACAUCUGGCUAGGCAAAUGAUGUCUGGUUCCAAUGAUAAGAGUGAUACAAUUUCUCCGACAGAAGACAACUGUUUGUUCGGUUUUCCAGGCUUGGACGACCGUUUGAAGCGUAUUGCUGCGAAAGAACUGAGAGAAAAUGAAUUCACUCGAAAGCAAUCGUUGAAGCAGAUGCGAGAAUGGAUUGUCAAGAACCAGAGAAUCAAAAACUGCCGAACGGAUGAUCCUUUUCUGUUACGCUUUCUACGCGUAAAAAAGUUUUCGGUUUUGAAAGCAUGUGAAACACUGGAAAAAUAUCUAAUCAUGCGUCAAACUUAUCCCAAGUGGUGCAAGAAUCUCGACCUUCUGGAUGAAGACCUUCAGGAAGUGCUGAAUUACUGUGCCCUGGUUCCCGUUGGUCGUGACAGUGAAGGUCGCGUUGUGGUCAUGGGAGUUGUUCGGAACUUUGAUGCUCAGAAGCAAAACUCUGAUCAGAUGAUUCGUCUUAACAUGAUUGUAACCGAGUCACUCUUAGAUGAGGAAGCAAAUCAGAUUGCCGGCUUUACGCACGUGUUCGACAAUACCGACAUGACUCUGGCGCAUGUCACCUGUUGGUCGUUGGAAAACAUUACCGGCUAUCUACGGAGCGUUGCCAAUGCUGUUCCGAUCCGAUUGAAGCAGAACCAUUUCGUCAACGUUCCCAGCUUUGCAGCCCAGCUGAGUAAAUAUUGUCUGUCGUUUGCCAGUGAGAAACUCAAGUCACGAAUUCAUUGCCAUCGCAGCGUGGAGGAGCUUAAACGGAACAUUGAUGUGAAACUGCUGCCCCGGGAGUACGGAGGGAAUGUACCGCUCGCAGAAUUGAACGAACGCUUCAAAAAGUAUUUGAUGGAGAAGCGGGAAAUGCUACUGGCACUGGAUAAGAUGGAGAUCCAGCUGACCGAUCAGGUGGAGACGGUUCACGGCGGCGUGGAUAUUGUGGAUGCUGGCGCAAUCGGCAGUUUUAGGAAACUGCAAAUCGAUUGAGGUACGCUUCUUGGAAGAAAUUGCACACCUCGCUGUUAUUUUAUCUUUAUUAUUGUGAUAUGUGUUAGUCUACUUACACAUAUCACAAUAAUAAAGAAAAGAUUAUUAUUUUGACAUUAUUUUGAAUCUGAAUUGUUAUCAACGUUAUCUCUGGAAUCAUAUUUCGACAAACUAAGAAGAACACUUUUGUUCUGGCCUAACCAUUUUGCAUAUAUAUAAAUUAACAAUGAAACAAAUGAAAAAUAAUAAUCCUUUUGGUCAGGAUAAAAUGCAGUGAA